AUUAGAGUUGUUGGCAGAUAGACUUGGUGCUGGAAACGUAUUGCUCCGGCAGGAGCCUGUGUAAAGCCAUCCCAUCGGAAACUUCCAAUCUUAAGUUUAGCCGUGACGCCUUCAAGAUGGCCACAAAUAAUGACUACGCAAUCGGCAUCGACUUGGGCACGAGUAACUCGUGCGUGGGGGUCGUCAGGAACGGGCGCGUUGAGAUCAUCACCGAUGAGCGAGGUAGUCGCCUCACGCCGUCGUUUGUGGCGUUCACUGACGAGGAACGACUUAUUGGUGAGUCGGCCAAGCUUCAGCGUACCAUGAAUCCUGCCAACACCGUUUACGAAGUGAAGAGACUCAUCGGUCGUAAGUUCAGCGAUGAAGCAGUGCGGACGAAACUCGCUCACUGGCCAUACCGCGUCGUCAACGUCAGCGACAACCCCAAAAUCUGCGUUAAAUAUCUCGAAGAGGAAAAAUUUUUCACCCCAGAAGAGAUUUCAGCGAUGGUGCUGUCCAAAAUGAAAAACGUCGCAGAAAAAUUUCUUGGAUGUGAAGUUAGUAGAGCGGUUAUUACUGUACCAGCAUACUUUACCGACUCGCAACGACAAGCUACCAUUGAUGCCGGUACCAUUGCGGGUCUCCAGGUGCUGAAAAUUGUCAACGAACCAACCGCUGCCGCCAUUGCGUACGGGGAAGAGACCAUGACCGCCUCUGAGACUAACAUUCUGGUCUUCGACUUCGGCGGCGGGACUUUCGAUGCAGCGGUUCUGAAAAUGAAGAAAGGAAACUACGAAGUAAAGUCUGUUGAAGGGAAUAGCCAGCUUGGGGGAGGGGACAUAGACUCUCGCAUUGCUAAAUUUUUGAUAGAUAAAUUCGAGGAAAAAACGGGACUGGAUGUGUCAAAUGAUAUAAAAGUUCAAGCAAAAAUUGCCAAAGCUGCCGAACAGAUUAAGAUCAAUUUGUCAGUUUGUGCGAAGGAUGAAGUUCAUAUUGAGUGCUUGAGUCAAGGGCAAGAUCUCAAUUUUGCUUUUAGCCGAUGCAGGUUCGAAUUACUUUGCGCAGAUAUUUUUGCAGAAAUUAUGCUGUAUGUGGACAGAGCGAUUUCCUAUGCUGGGCUGACAAUCGACGAAAUUCACCAAGUAGUCAUGGUCGGCGGUUCGAGUUUGAUUCCCAAGCUUAGAAAAAUGCUAGAAGAAAAAUUCCCAAACAAGGAAAUCAAAAGGACGAUCAACCCCGCGGAAGCUGUCGCGUAUGGAGCAGCUGUCCAGGCAGCCAUGCUCAACAACGACCGAAGUGUAGAAGAGAUUCAGCUGACAGAUGUAACCCCGCAGUCACUUGGUGUGGAUCUUAUUGGUGAUAAAAUGAGCACUAUCAUCAAACAAAAUUCUAAGAUACCAGUCGAAUGCACUAGGAAUUACACGACUGCUGACGAUUAUCAAAAAGCCAUAGCGAUCAAAGUUUAUGAAGGCGAAAACCCAGUUGCCUCGAGGAACAAUUUGUUGGGGGAGUUCAAAGUUGAAGGAAUCGAAUUCGCCCUGGCUGAGGUACCCUCAAUCGAUGUAACUUUUUCUGUAGACAAGAAUGGAAUAUUGAGUGCAACUGGCGUGGACCGGAAGACAGGAGGCCGAGGUCAAAUUACCAUCUCCGUCAAUAAAGGACGUCUCAAAGAAGAGGACAUUGAGAGAAUGAUUGUAGAAAUGAAAAACAUGGAAAAGCUAGAGAUUGAAAGCAGUGCUUUGACGAAGGUUUCGGCUUCCUUGGCGAUAAAAGAAAGGUCUUCUUGAAAGACAAUGCAAGCUUUUAACGAUAACACCUGGAUGUUGCGAUGCAAUAAUGAGGUUGUGCGAAGAGGUCGAAGCUUGGUUCAUGGAUCACGAUUAUGCAACCAAGGCGGAGUAAGAUGAGGAACAGAAGUUCAUCAAGACUUUCUCUGAACUCUUGGCUGAGUUUACCUCCUAAUUACUCUUUUGCAUCUUUGAAGCAGCAUAUCAAAUGCUAAAACGGUUAGAAGUUUGUUUAUAGUUUGUAGCCCUGCUAUUUUGCAGUCUCCGUUUGCACUAAGCAGUAAUUCAAUUGUAACCUGUUCUAAUAAAGUUGCCUCGCAAUA